GGGCACCCCCGACGAAAAGUUGGAGAGAAAACCCAGUGGAGAAUAAAAUUAUAAUAGAAGCUUAAGAUGGCAGCAUCAAAGAUUCAAGCUCUAUGGAAUCACCCAGCUGGCCCAAAAACCAUUCAUUUUUGGGCUCCAACAUUCAAGUGGGGAAUUAGUAUUGCAAAUGUUGCAGACUUCUCCAAGCCACCUGAAAAGAUUUCUUAUCCUCAGCAAGUUGCUGUUACUUGUACUGGGCUCAUCUGGUCACGUUACAGCACAGUCAUUACACCUAAGAACUGGAACCUUUUCAGCGUUAAUGUAGUGAUGGCUGGGACAGGCAUAUAUCAACUGGCUCGCAAAACUCGGCAUGAUCACUUUUCUGAGGUACAACAAGUAUCAGGAAAAGAAUGAGAUAUUUAUGGACUCCAGAUCUUUGUUUGAGUUAACAACAACAACCUUAUUUCUUCCGUUCAACAUGUACCUUUUGAAAGUGACGAGGGGUUGAGUAUUCAUAAUAUUGAUUAUCUCAAAUAUGCCCUCCGAACCAAAAGAAUUUUAUUAUAUUUAAAUAACUCAAAUAAUAUUUGGAUACAUGUUAUAUGGUAAUGUUCAUUCU